AUGGCGUUCAUUUCUAGUUUCGGAAUAGCCUUUGUAUUAUACCUUAUUCUUGGGUGCAGUAGUGCAGAGGAGAAUCUCUUCAAUGUCCAAUCCUAUGGUGCUAUAGCAGAUGGAAAGACAGAUAAUAGUAAGGCAUUCUUGAGUACUUGGAAGGAUGCAUGCCAAUGGAAUGGAACAGCCAAAUUCUUGAUACCUUCAGGGGAAUACAUGGUAUAUGCUGCAAAUUUUAUCGGACCAUGUAGUGGAUCCAUGACCUUCCAAAUCCAAGGAGUUGUUAAAGCUCCAACAGAUCCUUCUCUAUUCUGCAAUACGACUUGGAUUUCCAUUCAGUAUGUGAAUGGCUUAGAGAUUGAAGGAGGCGGAACUUUAGAUGGACAAGGGGCUUCAGCUUGGCCUUAUUUUGAUACUUCCAAGAAUUCUAAUUGCCCAACCCUUCCUAUUACACUCAAAUUAGAUUUUAUCGAAAAUGCGACGGUGCACGACAUAAACUCAAUCAAUAGCAAGAGUUUCCAUUUCGACCUCUUUAGGUGCAAUAACGUGACAUUUAGUCAUGUUAACCUAACCGCACCGGGCGACAGCCCUAACACCGAUGGCAUUCACAUGGGCGUCUCCACCAACAUCCAAGUUUCGGAUUCAAACAUUGGCACUGGAGACGAUUGUAUAUCUAUGAUCAACGGCAGCCAAAGCAUCAACAUUUCAGGGAUCACUUGUGGCCCUGGCCAUGGAAUAAGCAUCGGAAGCUUAGGGAAGACACAAAAUGAAGUCGUCACAGACAUACAUGUCAAAAAUUGCACUCUCAUUGCUACUCAAAAUGGCGCCAGGAUUAAGACUUGGGCACCAUCGGAGUCUGGUAGUGCCACAAAUAUAAAUUUUGAGGAUAUUUUCAUGGAUAAUGUUAGAAAUCCUAUCAUUAUCGAUCAACAUUAUUGUCCAUCGCCUCCUUGCAGCAGUGAGGCGAGCUCAGUGCAAAUCAAGGACGUGACAUUCAAUAACAUAAGAGGAACUUCGAGUUCAGUGGCAGCUGUUACUUUGAAUUGCAGUGCUUCAUUUCCUUGCCAGGGAAUCAACCUUACAGAAAUCAAUUUGACUUCAGCUGUUGCAUUGCAGGCUUCGCAUUUGCGAAGCCUAGCUCGCAAAUACGAGUUUGCAAAUGCGAGGGCUGAGUCGCAAAUGCGAAACAGCCCAGACCAGCCCUUCCUCGCAAAUGCGAGAUUUUCCUUCGCAAAUGCGAUGCUCCCUAUUUGGGCCUGUCAUCGCAAAUGUGACUGUAUGUUCGCAAUUCCCGCUUCGCAAAUGCGAGCUUAG